GUUCGCCAGACCAUUCGCUUGUGGCAGGAGCUGCACAGUUCGCCAGACCAUCCGCUCGUGGCAGGAGCUAACCGCUGUGACAGGCAGCACCCAGGGCGGGCGGACCAUCCGACCUGCCAACUGGCAGCGCCCACCGGCGGUCUAAUCGCUCUGCAGGUCGAACCCAGCGGUGGAAUUGACCCUCUUCCUCGCAGAAGAUGUCGUUCCUCAGACUCGUCCUGUACUCGGUGGUGUUGGCGCAGUACCUCACUCGGACGGUAGUGACCUCGGCGAACAUUCUGUGCCCCGACGGCUGCAUCUGCUCUGCUCACAGCCUGCAUGUCGGGUGUACCAACAUCAGCCUGGCCGACGUUCCCACCCGGCUGGCCGACACCACCACCCAGCUGCGGCUCAGUUCAGAGCACCUGCCCGAGAUUCCAGCCGACAUUUUUAUCAACCUGUCUCAUCUGGUCAUCCUGUACCUGAACGACAACAACAUCAGCAGGCUCGCGCCAGGUGCAUUCAAUGGACUGGGUGAACUGCAAUACCUGCACCUCAAUAACAACAGCAUCGAAGAACUCGAAGUUGGCGUUUUUGAGAAUGUAACCGCCUUGGAGUUCCUACACCUGGAAAACAAUCUCCUCACUGAUAUAGUACCAGGUGUGUUUUCCUCCUUGGUAAACCUGAACGUUCUUGACCUUAGUAACAACCGUCUCACCACUGUGCUAAACUUUACUUUCAAGAGCCUUUCAGCACUGCGAUGGCUACUGCUCAGUAAUAACCGCAUCACUACCAUCUCGUCAAAGGCCUUCUCUGGCAACAGAGUGCUCAGGAAGCUUUGCCUUGACAACAACAACCUGACCUCUGUGCGGUUCCGUGGCCUGAAGAGACUAGAAAUCCUGCAGCUUAGCAACAACAACAUGUCCAGUUUGAAGUCUAUCAUCUUUGAAGCAAAGUUGAAGUUCCUGUCACAGCUUUACUUGGACAACGCACUUCUGGAUGAAGACCCUGCCCAGGCCCUUUCCAAGCUCCGAAAGCUGGAGAUUCUGAGCGUGAGGAACAACCGCCUGGUGACCCUUUCCAACACCAGGUCCUUCAAGUCCGUCAGGCAGUUCCGGCUGAGCGGGAAUACCUGGCGGUGUGACUGCAAGCUGAUCUGGCUCCGAGCGUGGCUUCUGAAGCAGAGGGAGGCAGACCAGAGGGAGGUCAUGUGCAGCUCGCCCAGUCCACAUGCAGGGAAACUUCUGGUCAAUGUACAGCCACAGCUUCUGACUUGUCCUCCAUACAGUUUUGAAGUCACUACCAUUCCACCGCUAACAGCCAAGAAUAAAACUCACACUUCAAGUGGUCCUCCUCUCCAAGGAACUGAUCAGGCCCCACCAUCAAAGCUUAGCAGCAAGCAGAUAACCACAAGGGCUAAUACUAUGGAAAGGGCCAACUCUGUAAACCCGGACCUGUGCCUCUCACACCGCAUCAAAGAGGUCACUAUAAGCGACGUGACCUCAAGCUCCCUGCUGGUGAACUGGGAUAUUCUGAAGGACAUGGGUGAUGAGUAUGAGGUUCGCUACAGUACUGCUACACAAGUGCAAAGCCUUCACAUGAUUGGGGGGGUUAGAGAAGUGGAGCUGAACCAACUCAGUCCCGGAACAGUUUAUAAAAUCUGUGUGAUCCCUCAGAGUGUGAACAUCAAUGAAUGUCAUCAGCCCGCCUCCAAUCAGUGCUCUGAAGCACAUACUUCAGGAUCAAUAGGAAAUACAGAUAAGAGUACAUUAGUUGGAGGUGUCACUGUGAUCGUUAUUCUAUUAAUUACCGUCGCUUUAAUUGCUGCCUUCAAACUGAAGUCAAGGCACGCAGGCUUCCAGAGACAUUAUGAUGACGAUGCAUCCACAUGUAUUGAACACAUUGAAACAGAAGAAAGCAAGGUGGAUUUUGAUCAUAUUAACAGUGCGUUUGAAGAAGUCACUGACGACAACAAUGGGUAUUUUUCACAUUUGGCUCAAAGUCCAAAGGUCCAGGAUGUGUGCACAGUGGAUUGCUAUGUAGCCCCUGAAGCCAAGUUUGGGCCAUCUUUAAGCAAUGACAUCUUGUAACACAGUGCCGGCCUGACAUCACUGAUGCAUUGCAGGCAAGGUGCAAGUCCCCUGAUUCGAAAUGAACUCACAUACCUUUGAAAGGAAUAAGGCAUCUUCAUUAAAAUAUCAAAGUCAUUUAAUCCUUUCUGAACUGUAUCAACAUUUACUUGUGCAUUGCCUCCUUUUACAGAGAAAUCAUUUGAAGAGGGGAGAAAUGAGUCAAGAAGAUAUUGAGCUUUCACUGCAAUUAAACUAUUAAGUGUUUCCUGGCCAGGUUUUAUCCUUAAAUACAAAUCAUGUAAUCAUCCUCUCAUUGUCUGGAGAUGCUUACCACGUGCAAAUUGACUGCCAUUUUUCCUGAAUGUGUUUGGCUGUGAAACACUUUGGGAUAUCCCGAGGUUGCAACAGUAGCUGUAUAUAUGCAAGUUCAGCCAUCUUUAUUUGUGUUUUUGCUCUUUACAUAGAUUUAAUCGUUUGGCAAUGAGACAUGGAAGCCAUCUGGGAUUAGUCUCUGAAGUGACCAACUGGGCACUGAGGAUUUGCAAUGUGACAACGUGUUAUAUUUCCAAAAAUAAAGUACACAGUAGAUAUUGCCAAGAAAAUGGAUCCUCCAAAUUUGGAGAAAUUUUGGUUAUAAUAAAAUACUGUAGUUGCUUUCAACAUAGAUGACUUCAACAUGGUCUCUCGAGAUGCUGUGCAUUAGACUGCCAUAUAAAAUGAGGCAUAAUACAACGUAGUGUGCCUACCUUCACCGCAAUGACAACAUACGCAUACCAAGCCCAG